AUCGCAUUUAGUAGUAAAUUCGUUGAGCGCUGUUGAUGCGGUUUUACGACGGCGCAUUGUGACGAACACGAAUGCCUCUGAUAACGAAAAAAUCGCGACAAUGACGUGACGAUUGUUUUCGAAUUUUUUUCAACAUAAAUUAUUGAUAUCGCGGCGAACACGGUAGUCUAUAUUGUGACAAAGUCAUAAAACUGUUGGAAAUCAAUACAAACAACAAUAAAACGAAAAUGUGUGCCAAUAAGACGGAAGCAAUUUGCGCAAAGAAAUCAUUGUAUAUAAACACAAAGUGAAAUCAAUGUGAAACGAGUGAGAAAUAUGUGCUAAAAAUAAUUAUUAGUGACGUCACAUAAAAUACUGUGCAUUCGGCAAUUAGUCAUGUCACAUAACAAACUCUGUGGAAGUUCUAAAACGUCCCAUUCUUCGCUUAAAUCAGCUCAUAAUUUGCAAAGUAAAGUGUGAUAAAACGUUGAAUGCUUUUUAUGCCGCAAGAAACGAAUAAUGUUGUCCAUGUAGGAAAACUCUUAGUCACCGUACAAGAACACCAACAUACUAAAGUCACCACACUUUAGAAAGGCUAGUGCAGCUAAAGGCAAAAGUAACUUUAAUAAGUGUUGGAUUUCAUAAUAGAACAUAGCAAGUAAUCACAACAUUUUUCGAGUCAGACCGUUUAGCAGAGUUAGUCAAUUUUUUUGUUUGCCUUUUACAACAUUAGGAAAAAUAUAACAAAUAAAUAAAAUAGCAACAUUAUUCCAUCAUUUUAUUUGCCAUAAAGCAAUCGGUGCUCAGCAGAUUAAACCCAUUACAUUUCUUUAAGUUUAUUAUUUCCAUUUCCAUUUCCGGCGGGCAUGUCGCGGACGUUUCUUAUUUUAUGCACUUACACACACAUGUUUAGAAAUGAAUGUGAAUAAUGAGUGUUGAACUGACUUCUUUUGCAAAUCGCGCAUUCCUAUUGAGACAUGACGAGUGUGGAAAUACUAAAGAGCUUAUCAAGUAAUGUGUAUGUUACAGUGAAUGCUAAAUUUGCUGGCAGCUGGCACUGCAUGUCAUUGCAUUUAACAGGGAAAACAAAUACCAAACAACAAUUAAAAAUUAACAUUUUGAAAAGCUACAUGUGCAAUUAUCAUACAAAUAAAAUAAAAUAAUUGUAAACAUUACAAAUGUCGUGUUUAUUAAUAGCAGAGAAAAGUUGAACAAAAACACGUUUAUAUUGCCACUUGUUGCGCACCGCAGUUAUAUUCAACUUUUAUGUGCAGCGCAGAAUAUAUGUAAAAGGAGACGAUCAGUUGAACUAAAUAACGCUAAACAAAAUGAAACUGCUGUUGAAAGUGAACUCAGAAAGAGCUCGCAAACGCUACGCUCCCUCAGCGCCUGCAGCGACCGCCACCACAAGACGAAUCAACCAAAAUACGAGUAAUGUAAACACCUCAGUUUUUCAAAAGCUUUCCACAUCCUCCAAGCUACUAUUGUUGCUCAUUGUUGUUGUUAUAAUUGUGGCCGUAGUAAUUAUUUACAUACAGAUACAGCAAAACAACAAGCAGCAGCCCGGGCCCAUAGUGUUUGGCAAUACCUAUGAGCAUGGCACAUUUCCGAAUUUAGGAAAUGGACAUCUGGUGAUAGACCGCGAGCAAUGGGGUGCCUCGGAGUUGUCGAAAACCCUAACAGUACCACUAAAACAUCCGAUACCAUAUGUCAUCAUAACGCAUAUUGGCGUCCAGUCGAAGCCUUGCGAAACCGUGUACAAAUGCUCAAUUAAAAUGCGUACCAUACAAGACUCGGCGAUUGCGGAAAAAAACUUACCCGACAUUCAGGCGAAUUUUUAUGUUGGAGACGAUGGCAACAUUUAUGUGGGACGUGGUUGGGACUACGCGAACACUUACGCGAACGACACCUUGGCUGUUACGUUUAUGGGUGAUUACGGACGCUACGAGCCAAGCCAAAAGCAGUUGGAGGCGGCCCAAUACCUACUAUCCUAUGCUAUCGCCAAUAAAUACAUUGAGCUGGGCUACAAGUUGGUGGCGCAAAACCAGACAAAGGUCUCAAAAAGUCCGGGCGCCAAUGUUUACCGUCAAAUCAAAAAGUGGCCACACUUUUAUCCUUGUGGUAUUGGGGACAAUCCGAGGUGCGGCGUUGAGCUGAACAUGCCAGAUGUUUGGGAUGGAAAAAUGUAAACACUAUCAGCAGCACUAUGACAACUCUACAAAUAAAUAGCAUAAGUAAUAGUAAUUAUAGAAUACCUCAGUAAGAGAUAGGUCUGUAGCACAUAUUGGACAUAAAAUGAGAUUGGUUUUUACAAAAGAUUUUUACACAAGCAUAUUAUUUUCUGUUGUAUAUAUGACUUACUUUUGAUACUUUGAUAUAGUCAUACAAACCAAUUCGUAUGCCUGUUAUCAUCUAAUUCCAGAAAUGUUUAGGCUUUUAGUUGAAUAUGAU